AUGAAGAAUCAGCUCGUGGCGUUGCUGGUACUACUGAUCGCGCUCCCCGUGCGCGCGGUGCCUGUCUCCGGCGCCGGCGUCGUGGCGGCGCUGCUCACGCACGCCGACGCCGGCCGCGGCCUCGCGACGCCCGAGCUCGUGCGGCGAAUGGCGCACCGCGCCCGGGCGCGCCGCCGGCUCCUGUCCGCCUCUUCGCACGACGAGCGCCCCGCCGUGCGCGCGGGGCUCGGCACCGGCGGCGGCGGGAUCGUGACGAACGAGUACCUGAUGCGCCUGGCGGUCGGCACGCCGCCGCGGCCCGUGGCGCUGACGCUCGACACCGGGAGCGACCUCGUCUGGACGCAGUGCGCGCCAUGCCGGGACUGCUUCCACCAGGGCCUCCCGCUCCUGGACCCCGCGGCGUCCUCCACGUACGCCGCCCUCCCCUGCGGCGCGGCGCGGUGCCGCGCGCUCCCGUUCACGUCGUGCGGCGGCGGCCGGAGCUGGGGCGGCAACCGGAGCUGCGCCUACGUCUACCACUACGGCGACAAGUCGGUCACCGCCGGCAAAAUCGCCACCGACCGCUUCACCUUCGGCGGGGACAACGGCGGCGGCAAUGGCGAUGGCGACAGCCUCCCCAUGCGGCGCCUGACCUUCGGCUGCGGCCACUUCAACAAGGGCGUGUUCCAGUCGAACGAGACCGGCAUUGCCGGCUUCGGCAGGGGGAGGUGGUCGCUGCCCUCCCAGCUCAACGUCACCAGCUUCUCCUACUGCUUCACCUCCAUGUUCGAGUCCAAGAGCAGCCUCGUCACUCUCGGCGGCGAGCCGGCCGAGCUCUACAGCCACGCGCACCUCAGCGGGGAGGUCCAGACCACCCCGCUCCUCAAGAACCCCUCGCAGCCGUCGCUCUACUUCCUCUCGCUCAAGGGCAUAUCCGUGGGCAAGACACGGCUGCCGGUCCCGGAGGCCAAGUUCCGAUCGACGAUCAUCGACUCGGGAGCCUCGAUCACGACGCUCCCCGAGCAAGUGUACGAGGCCGUGAAGGCGGAGUUCGCGGCGCAGGUCGGGCUGCCGCCCAGCGGCCUGGAGGGGUCGGCGCUCGACCUCUGCUUCGCGCUCCCCGUGACGGCGCUCUGGCGCCGCCCCGCCGUCCCGUCGCUGACGCUGCACCUGGAGGGCGCCGACUGGGAGCUGCCGCGCGGCAACUACGUGUUCGAGGACCUCGGUGCGCGCGUCAUGUGCGUCGUGCUGGACGCGGCGCCCGGGGAGCAGACCGUCAUCGGCAACUUCCAGCAGCAGAACACGCACGUCGUGUACGACCUGGAGAACGACCGGCUGUCCUUCGCUCCGGCACGGUGCGACAGCCUUGUAGCUUCACUCUAG